CAAUAUCUUCUUACUUUCUCAUUUUGUACUAUGUAGUAAUGGAUUGCCUUUUGUCGAUCAAACAUUUCCAUGCCAACAGCCUAAGCUCAUUCUAUCUCUACUCUCAAAUCUCAGGCUCAAUUCUCCGUUGUUGCUUCAACAAAUAAUUUGGUGAGUUUUGUUAUCAGUAAAAGUAGAUAUGCAACACAGUGGUGCAAAGGAUACCCAACUUCGUGAAAGCAGUAACCAAAAAGUUCACCCCCAACCAAUGGAAGAUGCAACAAAUCAUAGCCCUCAAGCUAUGGAAGCAUUAGUAUCUAAAAUAUUUUCAAACAUUUCCUCCCUGAAGUCGGCUUACAUCCAGCUACAAUCGGCUCAUACUCCUUAUGACCCCGAUAAAAUUCAAGCUGCUGACAAGCUUGUAAUAUCAGAGCUAAAGAAUCUCUCUGAACUCAAGCAGUUCUACAGAGAGCACAAUCCUAAGCCGGGUUGUGUCUCUCCACAAGACUCUCGGUUAGCUGCUGAGGUUCAAGAGCAGCAGAGCCUGUUGAAGACAUAUGAGGUCAUGGUGAAAAAGUUCCAGUCCGAAAUUCAGAAUAAAGAUUCUGAGAUUGUUCAGUUAGAGAAGCAAAUCCAGGAUUCUAGUAUGAAACGAGUAAAACUUGAGAAGAGCCUGAAGCUUAGGGGCUUGUCAAUGAAAGAAUCCGAAGGAAGUGGUGGCGAAACGGGACAAUUUUCACUGGAUUUACUAUCCCCUGACCUUUUCAGGUCAGCGGUAGAAGCUGCCUCCAGGGCCAUUCAUGACUUCUCUAAGCCAUUAAUCAACAUGAUGAAAGCAGCCGGGUGGGAUCUUGAGGCUGCAGCUAGGUCCAUUGAACCGAACAUCGUCUAUGCAAAAAGGGCUCACAAGAAAUAUGCCUUUGAGUCUUAUAUCUGCCAGAGAAUGUUUAUCGGGUUUCAGGAUGAGAGUUUCUGCAUGGAACAUGAAAAUCAGGCCGAGGCGAAAGAGAAUUUAUGUCAAGAGUAUCUUAGUUUGAGGGAAAUGGAUCCACUUGAAGCUGUGGGACAGAAUCCAGAUUCUUUGUUUGGAAAGUUUUGCCAGAGGAAAUACCUUGCUGUUGUCCAUCAAAAGAUGGAAGCAUCGUUUUUCGGGAACUUGGAUCAACAGCAUUACAUAAUGAGUGGAGGGCAUCCGAGGAUGGCCUUUUACCAGGCUUUUCUGAAAUUGGCUAAGGCGAUCUGGCUCUUGCACCGGCUGGUGCAUUCGUUCGAGCCUCCAGUUAAGAUUUUUCAGGUGAAGCGGGACAGUGAGUUUUCAGAGGUUUAUAUGGAAAAUGUUGUGAAGGAUUUUGUCGAUGCGAAACCUAAAGUCGGUCUGAUGGUAAUGCCUGGAUUCUGGAUUGGUGGUAGCAUCAUCCAAUCUCAAGUCUACCUAACAGGUAUUAAGGUCGCAGAAUGACACCGCCUUUCCUUUCCCUACGCGACAUGUAGAAGUAGCAAUUCACUUUUGUUUCAUUCGAUGAGAAAUGCAGGUCUCAACGAGGAAAUUGUUGUAGUGACUAAAGUUGAAGAAAUUGUCCACUGCUUUUUAAAUAGUGUGUUUCUUGUAGAUGAUGUAUUUGGCCAUCUUCCACUUCUUUGAAUAGCUUGUUUCAUUCAAUCAAAAGGUUUGGAUUCAUUUUA